AGUCUGCGUUUAACAAUUAAUAGUUCAGUCUUCAUGCAAUAUUAACGUAAAGAAGUGUCUGCUAAAGUUGUGAUAUUUUCGAUUUUGUUUCGAACCUGAUACCAUAGUUGCCUGACAUAUAUUUGUGGAUUGUUGCAAUCUUUUCCAAAUGGAUAUAUGGAUUGUGAGGUUGUUAUUUCGGCUUGCUGUACGAAAGCAAUGAAAGUUAUUGAAAUCAGAGGCUGAUGCUGACAAUGACCAGAUUGGUUAUGAAUAAUAAACAAGGACAAAAGAAGCGGAUACAAUGGCAUUUUUAAAAACAAAGCAUUUAAUUAAAUUCCUUUAGCCUUAUAUAUUUGAUUCUCAAAAUGUUUAAACGAAAAAAGAAAUCGCCGAGUGCGAAGGACAUUAAUUCAUUAACAAAAAAGUCAGAGAAUGCAUCAGUUUCUUCACAGAGUUAUUCCUCUCUGCCAAAGAGCAUGUAUUCUGGAUCAGAGAAGAAUUUUACCCAAACUUCACCGAUCCGAUCAACAUCUGGGUCCGGAACAAUGAAUUUAAAUUUGAACAACAAACCCAAUGGCUCGCAAGAUUCUAAAGGUCCAAGCAGUCCUCUUGAUCUUCCAAUGGAGGCAUUACAGUCAAUAACUGCAGCAUAUAAUUUAGGAAAGGUUUAUAACUCAUGUGACAUAAGCAGUUCUUCAAGCAUACCUAAACUUCAAGCCAGAAGCCCAUAUCAAAGCCCAGUCCAUAAUUCAUACACUUCAUCACAGAUAAGUUCAAAGUCAAAUACCAGACACAGAUCUCUAGAAAAGGGAGAAUUUUCUGGACUAUUUUCUGGAGAAACGUCAUUGGAAAGACAGUUUGAAAGAUUGCAAAUGGUGAUGCCAUCUGAACCACAGUCAGAAUUGAACAACGCCAGUAACACCAUGCCAGUCAGUAGAGGGGAUCGAAAAGGGGCUACAAUAAAUUAUACCAGAGAGAGGUCGCAAGAAAGGGAAUAUCCACACAUGGGGGCUAGGUCUCUUGAACGAGAUCACUACUACCACAUAAAUAAUAGCAGAUCAAGGUCAACAGAUCGUCAGGACAUUACCUCACAGCUGCAACAUACUCAGGAGCAGUUUCGUAACCUAAGUAGAGAUUCACUGAUAUUAGAACUGCAGUCACAAAUAACUGACCUAAAUAAAGACUGUGCCAAAAUGCAACAAGAGCUUGAUUCUACUAAAGACAAAUUAAGUUCAACUAUGAACAGUAUAAAAUCGUUUUGGAGUCCUGAGUUAAAAAAAGAGCGUUCUUUGAGAAAAGAAGAAAGUGCUAAGUAUGGUCUUCUUAAUGAACAGUACAAAGCAACUCAAGCUGAACUAAAGAAACAUUUAUCCACAAUCAGAGAACUUGAAGCGAAGGUGAAAUCCAGCUCCCGAGUUGCAUCAUCGCUGCUCUCGAAAGAUGAAUACGAAAGUCUUAAACACCAACAUGAUGGCCAAACAAAGGAGAUUAAAAUCCUUCGAAAGACUGUCGAUGAGAUGGAGCUACGUCUUGAAACACAGAAACAAACUUUACUUGCUCGUGAUGAAAGUAUUAAAAAACUUCUAGAAAUGCUACAAAGUAAAGGUGUGGCUAUUGAUAAGAUUGAAGAGAGUCAAAAAGAAGUCGAGAAAUUUCGAGUGCAGAAAGUUGAAGAUACAGUGAAAAUGGGGGGUCUGAAGAGGCAGAUAGAAGACAAAAAUGUGGAGAUCUCGAAACUAAAAGAUCGUGUGGGCCAACUGAGUGAUGAGUUGGAGUCAAGUCGUGUUCAGCUGAGACAGCAGCCUUCCAGCGCCCACACCAUGCAGGCCAUCAUGGAGGCAAAGGACUCUCGUAUCGCUGCGCUGGAGCGUGAGUUGCAGUGUCUGGAGGAAAAGCUGCACACCCUGGGUGAGGAGGGAGGGGCAGCCUCGGGGGCACAGGAUGGCAGCCUCAAGAAGGACAUCAUGUCAGCCAAGGAGAAGGCCCUCAGAGUCGAGGUGGAGACUUUGAAAACUGAUUUAGCGACGCGAGACAACGAGAUAGUGGGUCUGAAGAUGAAGGUGGACACGUUGACCAAUCAGCAGUCAGAGCACCAGCAGUACAUCAAUGUGCUUAAAGACCAGAUCAAGUCUAAGGACCAGCAGUCCUCCAUGUUCAAUGCAGAUAUUGACGACCUUCGAGAGCGACUACGUGAGAAGGACACUGUGAUAGACAAGAAGACAGCCCACAGUCAGACUCUGACGGUCGAGAAGAGGAAACUGGAGCUGGAGAGUGCUGAGCUCCGUGACAACCUGGACAUCAAGGAACGCAAGAUCAGUGUCCUCACCAGGAAGGUUGACAACUUGGAGGAGUUGCUAUCAGAGAAGGAGGAGCAGUUGGUGCAGAUGAAGGCCCAGUCGAACACUUCUAUAGAGUCUAGUGGCAGUGCCAUCUCUGCUAUGGAGGAGGCCCUGGCUGACAAGGACAAGCAGAUUGACAAACUGAAGGAGCAGCGUGACGUGUUGGAGCUGGAGCAUCAGCAGGAGUGUGAGAGGCUGGAGGGGGCCAGCAAGCUUCUCAAGACACAGCUCGACACUCUACAGCUAGAACUCACUGACAAACAGACCGAGCUAUGUGAACUGCGAGAGGAGGUGUCAGAGUUGAAGUCUUCACGCUACAAGGCAGACACGCGCCUUAGGCAGCUGGAGCUGAGCAUCUGUGAGAAGGACUCGGAGAUAUGUCGAGUCAACCAGGAAAUAGAGGAGCUUAAGACGUCCCGCUUGCCUGCAAGUCGCCAGGGCAGCACAGAGGAUCAGCUGUCGGAGCUUACAGUGAAGAUAGAGCAGUGCCAGACUGAGAUGUCUGCUGCGCAGGCUGAGGUGGACAGGCUACUGGAGAUCCUCAAGGAUGGAGAGAACGACAAGCUGGAGAAGGAGGCUAUCAUCAAGGACCUACAGGACACGUUGAAGGAGUACAAACAGAAGUUUGGCACCCUGAAGCGCCAGCAUCAGAAGGACAAGCAGAAGAACGCACAUCUCCUGGAGGAGGCGCGACGUCGUGAGGAAGACAUAGGCUCAGACGCAGAGAGUCUUAAGGGCACGAUGAAGGAGAAGCAGGACCGUAUAGAGGAGUUAGAGGAGGCACUACGGGAGAGUGUCAAGAUCACUGCAGAGAGGGAGAUGCUGCUCAUGGAACAGAAGAUGCAGAUUGACGCCAGCCAGAAUCAGAUAGAGGAACUUCAGUCAGAGCUUGAGAAGUCACGGAAUGUAACAAAGGAAUACACAAGCAAGCUGGCCUCAUAUGUGAAGCAACUAGACGAGAAGGACUCGAAACUGAAGAGGAUGAACUCAGAGAGGCACAAACAAAUGGAGGAGGUGUUUGACAUGAAACAAGAAGCCCUGACAUCAGCCAUCAGUGAGAAGGAUGCCAACAUAGCUCUACUGGAGAUGACCUCCACCAAGAAGCAACGUAACAUGGAGGAGAUAGACAAACUGUCCAGGGAGAAGGAUAAAUUAAACAUCCAGCUCAAAGAACUGGUUCAAAAUCGCACACGAUACCUACAAGAGAGAACCCGUGGUAAUCGACGCUCUAAGUCUCGUACACCUGAACCUACCAGGAGGGCUGAUGAUAAGAACACAGAGCAAAUUUCUCCAUCAAGCAAAGAUUCCUCCGAUCAAGAUACAGCAAACACAGAGCAAACCUGAUAGGAUGAUACAGUUUAAACUCUUCAAGAUGCCAUUGUGAUUCAUUUGAUGUUCAUAUUUUCUUGCCCUGUUUUGUAACAAAGUUAUUUGUAUUCCCCCUGGAAAGUGGGAUACAGACUUCGGUCCCUAAACAAAAACGCUUAUUAGUAGGGGGUCUCCUCAACAUAUUGAUGUACAACAUUCAAUCUAGCAGGAUUUUAUUUUUUGAUUUUAUUCGUUAUGAUACGAAGCUGUGCAUGUGAUUUUCAUCAUCAUGCAUUUAGUAUGAUUUACCUGAAAAUUCUAAAAGUUAUGCCCCUUUCUGAAUUUAGAAAUUCUGUAUAUUAUUCUACAUAUUACAACAUGUGGUGUCGGACGAUAUUCUUCAUUAAUAACACUAGUUCUAACUCCAGGUGCAUGAGUUAUGCUACAGCGUGAAUAUUCUACCUUGCUUUAGCUAAUGCUACUUGUACUGUGAGGGUAGAAAACAAAUCAUGCUACCAGAAGACAAUGCACUUGAACUUGAAGUUUCACCACUUAACCUGCUGUAACAGCUUAAACAGUGAAGUUUCACCACUUAACCUGCUGUAACAUCUUAAACAGUGAAGUUUCACCACUUAACAUGCUGUAACAUCUUAAACAGUGAAGUUUCACCACUUAACAUGCUGUGACAGCUUACAAUUUUUUUUGUUCAAGAGUGUACAUAUACCAGAGUUUAACAGAAUUGUCGUUUUUGAAUGUUUUAUGUUACCAUUUAAACCCCUGUUACCUUGAGGUUUUGUGCAAUAUCGUUUUUUAGAUUUGUUUUUUUCCACUGUGCAGAUGAUUUAGAUUAGGUUUGUUGCCUACACUUUGCCUACGUGCCCACCUAUCCUGUAGACAGUUGUGAACAUACUUGAUAUUAAUGUAUGCACCAUUUUGCUUAAAAGCAUAGUCUUUUAUGAGUCUUAUAUUACUUGUGUUACUAAUAAAUAGUAUUGUCUUAAAUGGAAAAUUGUUUGUAAAAGUCUUGUGUGAUAAUUAAAAACUUGUUUAAAUAAUUGUAAGUUUAAAGCAUGCUAAAUUUCAUUAUAUAAAACACAAUUUAACUCCAUAAACUAUAUUACACAAAUUAUUUAUAAGUACAUGUACACAAUUUAUGUAAUUUUUGAAUGCAACAUAUUGAAUAGAUGGAAAUCUUGACCCUACAAAAACAUUGCAUAUUCAAGAUAUGUAUCCACCCACCUACUGUGCAUUAACAAAAAGAUGUAUAUAAGAUUGUGUGUGCAAGGUACAUGUACAUUUACUUUGUGUUCAUUUUUACAUUGUUGUCAGUAUUUAACAAGUCAGUUCACUCAUUUGUUCGUGAUCAUUUAAGAGUCAUACAGUUAAAGCUAAUGCUGCUUGACAUUGGCUGAAUAUGAUAUGUUCAUGCAUGGUUUAGCUUGCUUAUAAUGUGUAAUAUUAAUAAAUGGUUGUUAAAAAGUUGUGAAAAUUGCAAUAAAAAUAUAAGUAACAGUAUAAACGUGUACAAGAAUAUUAUUAUUCCUAAUUUUACUUCCUAAACAUUGUUUAUAAUCAAGAUACAUUUUGUAUAUGUAUAGAUGGUAUUUAUGCAGCUUGCAUCUUUUUUGUUCACAUAUCCUUUAUACAACCAUGACAAAUAUUCAUACCAUGGAGGAGUUGUAUGCUUUGUUGGCUAACAAUCUAGUGAUGUGUAUAUCUUAUUUAGAGUACUGAAAAUAUUUAAUUCAGAGUUAUAUCGGAGAAGGAAAGAUGUAAGAGAAUACACUGAGUUUGUGUGCCAAUUCUGUGUUCACCUUUCAUAUAUUGUGCCAUAUUCACAAAGUUGUUAAGGUCAAGCAUUGGUACAUUUUAUUAAAAACAUCCUAUUUUUUAAGUAUCCAGCAUUCUACAGUUCUAUAUAUAUGCCUUACAAUAUUUCCAAGGAGCUUAAUAUGGGCACAGGACAGUGUUAUAAAAGAUCUGAUUGACAAAAUAUGUUACAACUGAAUUUUUUGCUCAAAUAAAUGUUUGUGAUUAAUAUGCGUCAUACAGUAAUAAUGUGUCGAAGGUAAAAAUAAAUGUGUUUAUAUAAAGUUUGAUGUUCUGGAAUUAUAUGUCAAAAGAAUUAUUUUUAAAAGGUUAUUCAAUCAUCUUUAACAUCAAUUUUCUAAAUUAAUAAAUCAUUUAUUCGAAACCAAUAUUUAAAUUAUCAAAAGUAAUCUCUUCAUGUCCACGUCUACUCAUCAACUUCACACUAAGUGUGAUGAAAGUGUAAUAAAGAAUAGUGGUCAUGGUAUGUUCACUCAUGCGUUACAGGCUGAUUACAAUGGGAUUAUUACUGGGGAAUGAUUUGUUAAACUGAUUAAAAGCUUUGAUGGACGGGCUAUAAAAACACUGUAACUGUAAAUGUUACCCUACGACAUUUACACAAAAAGAAGUGGGGCGUUUACUAUAUUUGAUAAAACGGUCCAUGUGUCUUAGAAUCUGUAGUUAAAUAGAUGGUACAUGGAAGUGUGUCUUUGCAAUCUAUUGUGUAUUAUCUACAGCAAUAAAAGAAUCAUGGAAAUAUUAAUGGACAAGCUAUUGUGUAUUACCUAUAGCAAUUAUUGAUUUGUUUAUAUUCUAUUAAAAACUUGUAUUUUGUAUUGUUUGGAAUAGUCACAUGUCCUCUGGAUUCACAGCAACUGGUAUCAAAGCUAUACAUAGUAUUUCAAACCCUUUGCCACUUAGAUACGUAUUUUGACGCAUUUGUAGUCCCUUAGAAAAUUAAAUUCAAUUGAAGACCUUUCUUACUAGAUUCAAGUUUUAAAGGCUUCAUUUCCAACCCUUAGAUACUGAUGAGAGGCAAACAGCAUAAAACCCUAACAGACUGCGAGUUACUCGCAGGCUGUUCUGGUUUUAUGCUGUUUGCACAUUUUCACUUUGCUUCUUAUGGGGGAAAGGGUUUGCUUCUAAUGGGGGAAAUGGUUUAAUAUCUUUGAAAUAAUUAAGAUAGUUUGAAAGACUCAAACAAUACAUUGAAGAAUCUCGUGCAUGAUGUGUGGAUCACAAUUUCAUGUUACAAACUCCACUAUACAUCAUUGUGAUAUGUGUGUACCAAAUGCAUGUUGCAUAUAUGCUUUCACGUGUUUUUAAGGUUGUACUUUUCUAAUGGUAUUGUUGUAUUUUUUCAUAAAAUAUCUCUAGAGUUUUCACUUGUUAAUUUUUUAUUUCAACUUUUACUAAGUUUGAUGGGUUAUGUCUCUUUUUUUUCGUUUAAGAAAACUAUAAACAUGAAACUAUCUUGAUUUUUUUUUGCCUCAGAAGCUCAGAAAACAAGCUGUUUACUCAGACAAAAUGUUCUUUUAAGAAAUGUGCUAAAUAUAAUUCAUUGUGUAGUAAACUUUAUAGUAUAAAUCUACAUUUAAAAAUAAACCUGUGUAUACAAUGCAGUGUAAUGUCAAUAUUAAACUUCCGGUAUUGUUCGAUAUCAAGUUUAUUAGCAUUCAUGAAUCUUUAUUAAUGUUAUUUUUAUACAAAUUGAAAAAAAUAAUUUCCUGCCAGAAUGGACGCUUUUUUUAAAGUUCUUUUUUUUUUAAAUAAAUAUUUUGCAGAACUUAUAUGCAGCCUCUUGUGAUAUAAAUAUGGUACAUUGUAACAAACGUGUAUUUUUCUAAUAACAUUAGUGUCUAUAGUCAAGUAUGUCACAUUUAAAAAAUAGUUAAUAAUAAAUUUAGUAUACUUAAGUUGUAUUUGAUUUUGGUUUUCAGUUGGUCUAAAAAUUAAGAUGAAAAAUUGAUGGUAUUUUUAUGUUGUAAAUUAAAGUAUAUGUAUAGUACUUUAUUUGCAAACAUGUUUUUGUUAUUCACUGCAUUUUCCCAUACAUGUUACUAAUUGUAGUCACAAUACUUCCUUUUUUAACGUUAUACAUUUUGGUAUCAUAUUUAAUAAAUCUCCAAAUGAAA